GGAUCAUUCUUUAGCUAUAUAUAUAUAGGUGGAUAAACGUAAAAUCACGCACGCGGCCAUGCUGCAGGGGUUAAAUAGCAAUUAUGUAUUUACCUUAAAAAGAAUUUGGGAACCUCUCUUUAAAUUAAUGCAAAACCUCAUCUCUUGUCUUUCUGUCUCUGAAACAGUCAACCUCAUUCUUCUCAAACUCACUCUCCCUGAUCUCUCUCUUCCAUGGACGAAACCAACGGACGAAGAGAAACUCACGAUUUCAUGAACGUCAACGUUGAAUCCUUCUCUCAGCUUCCUUUCAUCCGCCGUACUCCUCCCAAAGAAAAAGCCGCCAUUAUUCGUCUCUUCGGCCAAGAGCUCGUCGGUGAUAACUCCGACAACUUAUCCGCAGAACCUUCUGAUCAUCAAACCACUACCAAGAACGAUGAGAGCUCUGAGAAUAUCAAGGACAAAGACAAAGAAAAAGAUAAGGACAAAGACAAAGAUAACAACAACAACAGGAGAUUCGAGUGUCACUACUGCUUCAGAAACUUCCCAACUUCUCAAGCCCUAGGUGGACAUCAAAACGCUCACAAACGUGAACGUCAACACGCCAAACGCGGUUCCAUGACAUCAUACCUUCAUCAUCAUCAGCCUCAUGACCCUCACCACAUCUACGGCUUCCUCAACAACCACCACCACCGUCACUAUCCGUCUUGGACGACGGAAGCUAGAUCAUACUACGGCGGAGGGGGACAUCAAACGCCGUCGUACUACUCAAGGAAUACUCUUGCUCCUCCUUCUUCUAACCCACCGACAAUCAACGGAAGUCCUUUAGGUUUGUGGCGUGUACCGCCUUCCACGUCAACAAAUACUAUUCAAGGCGUUUACUCAUCUUCACCAGCUUCAGCGUUUAGGUCGCAUGAGCAAGAGACUAAUAAGGAGCCUAAUAACUGGCCGUACAGAUUGAUGAAACCCAAUGUGCAAGAUCAUGUGAGUCUCGAUCUUCAUCUCUGACUUCUUUUAUUUUAUUUUUUUAUCAUCCAUCAUUGCUGUGAUAUAUGAGACUCGCUGAUCGGUGAAGCCAAUUCUUUUGAGAGUGUUGGAGACUGAAAAAAAGAAAAAGAAAACGAGAACCGGUUUGGUGUGUAGAUCAUCUUGAACCUUUUUGAGGUUUUCACAUUCUGAGUUUAUAUUAAUAAAGGGAAUAAUAUUUUGGUUAAUUAGUAAAAUUCGUUCAUCCGUUUAAUUUCCUCUCACGUGUGUGUGAAUGUGAAUGAUAUAAUUAUCGUUUUUUUUGUUUG